AUGGCAUCUCCUCCAGUCACCCAGAGCCCUAGGAGCCCCGAGGGAUCUGAUAGUCCUCUAAGCACUCUGAGUGGGAUGAGCGGAUUGAGCGGGGUUGAUUUCUAUCUGGACGAGGUUUUCCCUGUCUACGAAACCUUCAUCUUCAACUGUCUCCCUCGAGGCACCCGGCACAUGAUCUUCAAGGACGCUCUCAGCUAUGCCCUCUCUAUUUUCUCCUGCCUCGCCACCCUUGCCGACCUUCCAGCCGUUAUCAUGACUCUUCCGCUGGAGGCUAAGGCAGUCGACAACGUCUUGCAUAUCCUGUGUAAGAACAUGAUGUUCCAACUUAACGAUUCCGGCGCCCUCGAUCUACGCCUGUCUUGGGAGCACAAGAUUAAGUACGAUAACAAACUGGGCGAGAAGUUGGGAUUUAACGAGAUUGAGGCUCUCGACGCUGAACAGCUUGAACCCCCCACUUGCGCGCUGCCAGAUAUUGAAGAGAUCAGCACCGAAAGCCAUUGUGGACGAGAAUGGGUUAACGACUGCCUCGCGAAAUGGCCAGAAUGCCUUGAUUACAACACCGCGCGCAGAAUGGACCUUCGCGUUCCAUGGCGGGAGAAUCAGUCACCGGAAAACCCUCGAUUUCGAGAGGCAUGGGCUUUUGAAGCUGGGGAUGGGGAUUUCGAUAUCUCGGGGUUGAUCACCAUAUAUAUCGAUGGGAUUGACAUGUUGCUGCUGGGAAACGAUGGAACGUCGGGUGGGGAGGGUAGUGGGGAGGCUAUGGAGACGGACGAAUCCGGGGAGGACGAGGGUGAUGGCGACGAUAUGAGCGUAGCUGAAUCGUUGGGUGACAAGAGAGAUGGCAGUGUCAGUAGUGACGGGAGUUAUAAAAGUGCUCGGACUGUGAAGAGUGGUGAAGAGCUUGCGGAAUACUGGCCUGCUAUGCUUGCAGAUUGA